CUGACACAGCCUAUGCUUCGGUUUGAACAGAUCUGGCCUGUUUGAAGUCUCUUUAAUCAGCUGAAGUGGUUUGGUUGAGAUCAUGAGCAGCGGUACUCCUUACAUCGGCAGUAAGAUCAGUCUGAUCUCUAAAGCUCAGAUUCGCUAUGAGGGGAUAUUAUACACUAUAGACACUGAUAAUUCCACCGUGGCUCUGGCGAAAGUGAGGUCUUUUGGGACGGAGGGGCGACCGACAGACCGGCCCGUGCCACCGAGGGAUGAGGUCUUCGAGUACAUCAUCUUCCGAGGAAGUGACAUCAAAGACAUCACGGUCUGUGAACCUCUGAAGAUGCACCACAGUCUUCCUCAGGACCCUGCUAUUGUUCAGUCGUCUGUGGGCUCGGUUCAUUACCCUGCAUCUCAGGGUGGCUACAGUCCUUACCGAAGCGUGCUGCCCUCCUACAGCCAGCUGGCCGCCAGCUCGCUCCUCAGCCAGCAGUAUGCCGCUGCCCUGGGCCUCGGCUCUGGCUUGCCUGGUGUUCCUGUGAGGAGAGGCCCAAUGGUUGAGCAGGCUGUUCAGACCGUGCCUGCGGAGAAAGCGGCGCAGAAGAAGGGUUUGUCUGGAGCGCAGCAGCAGGGAGGAGAGACAGGCCAAGCGCAGAGGGCCAGAGCCCCGGCCCAGAGAGCUGCACAGCAAGGAGCCUUGAAGGGACCAAGUUCAGCCAAUGACGAGAACAAGCCUCCAGGCAGCAGAAGAAAACAGGGAGCUCGACGGUCCAGGAACCGUGGCAGAGGUCAAAUCCUUGUAGGCAGCAUGAAGCCCAGCACCCUGCAGUUUGAGUCGGACUUUGACUUCGAAAUGGCAAACGCUCAGUUUAAUAAAGACGAGCUGGAGAAAGAGAUUGAAGACCAGCUCAGUGUUCAAGAACCAAAGGAGAGCCCAGAGGAAAGGAGCGAUAAAGAGAAGGAAAAGCCUGUCCUUGAGAGUGAGAGCAAUGUAGAAGAGGAUCCACUCGGGCCCAAGUGCUUUUACAAUAAAGCCAAGUGCUUCUUCGAUAACGUCUCCUCAGAACUUAAGUCAAGACGUACCACAUGGGCUGAGGAGAGGAAGCUGAACGUGGAGACUUUUGGGGUCCCUGGGCGGUUUCUACGAGGCCGUGGUUUUCGGGGUAAUUUCAGAGGGAGACGGGGCCAAGUGGUUGCACAGCACCCUGUUCCACAGAGGGUAGGGAGUGGACGGCUCUGAGGCCUGGCAUGCACUGCCUUCCUCUGGGACGUGGGUGAUUUGGUCUGGUCUAUGAAUUUGGUUUCCAGUGUCUGAGAUCUUCAGUGGUAAAUAUCACUAGACUCGCCCUACUGUGGAAAAAUGGCUACACUGAUUGUUACUUUUCAUUUGUUUAAAUGGCCUUUUCCUUUUUGUUUAAUGAGGAAUCUCUCAGCUUUAAUGUGAAUGCACCUUAAUCUAUCAGUGAUUUUCUGCAUUUGAACUAGGAUAGCACUUUUAUUUGCAUGUAUGACCAAUUUAAUGGCUGUACAGGAAUAUCCAGUUAGAUGGAAUAGAUUAAAUUCAGCCUAUGGCAUGUCGUCCCCGAUUAAAUUAUUUAUAUAUAUAUUUUUUUUUUCUUCAAUGUGUGAUUUUUGUAAGGGGAUCUUGUUCUUGAUUGUUAAUAAAUGUAGAAAAUGU